AUGAACGUCAGCCGGGAUAUCAGCACCUUGUCAGACCCCAACUUGCUCGAAAGGGUCGAUAGGCUCCGCGACUUGAAUAUUGGUCAACAUGUGCCUCUGCCUCAGGUAAAAUCAGGAGGCCGAUACCUUCUUGUUGUAGUCGGAGAUCAAAGCUCUGGCAAGUCCUCUUUGUUGGAAAGCCUGACCGGAUUUCCAUUUCCAAAAGACCAAACCCUUUGCACUCGCCACGCAACACAAAUUACAUCUCGACGGGAUAAGGAAGAUCGGGUCGACAUACGUAUCAUUGCUGGACCGAACGCAUCAGACGAGCAUAAAAAGCAUGUUGAGGGAUUCCGUACGUCGAUGCGCUCAGGUUCGGAAUUCCGGGAGCAGUUUGUUGAAAUUCUGCGCAAGGCUAAUGAAAGAAUGGGCCUUCGGGCCGAUAUCUCAGUCGAGGAUGGGUCUGUGUUCAGCGAAGAUGUCCUCAAGAUCGAGGUGCAUGGGCCUCUCGAGGACUAUCUCACCAUCAUUGAUGUCCCAGGAAUCUUCCGGACCACCACUCAAGGAACCACUAGAGACGACAUGGCCAUGGUGAAGAACCUCGUGACGAAGUACAUCAAAGAUGAACGUACCAUCAUCCUAGCAGUGCUGCCGAGUAAUGUCGACAUUGCCACGCAAGAAAUCCUGGAGAUUGCCGAGGAUUACGACAAGAAUGGCGAGCGUACUCUCGGAGUCCUCACUAAGCCCGACCUGGUACUCGAGUCAAGUGCACAGGCUGCUGUCUGCGACCUUAUUAACGGCCAGAAACGGCCGCUCACUCUUGGCUACUUCCUUGUCCGGAACCGUGGGGCGGAUAGUGCCUCAACGGAGCAGUCAGAGCUUGAUCAGAUUUUCAGGAAUCACCCGUGGGUUGAUCUCCCGCAAGAUCGAGUGGGCAUUCCAUCCCUCAAAGAGCAGCUUGCUUUGCACUUGAUCGACAUCACACGACGAGAAUAUCCUAAGCUUCUCCAAGAUGUCGGUAACCAGAUUAAAGAAUGCAAGAGGGAACUGAACAGCCUCGGGCCGCCCCGCCAGGACGAGCGCGAGCAACGUAGUUACCUCUGCAGUAUUGCCGGAACUUUUCAAAGCCAUGUCAGGGCAGCUUUGGCGGCCGAUUACAACGCCCAUCCAGUUUUCAAUCAAGGCGCUCUCCGUCUCAUCACACAAGUUGUGAACAUCACGGAUGUUUUCAGCGCCGAUUUUCAGCGGAGUGCCCAUUCACGGCACUUCAAGAAUCUUAAUCUGUUUGAACCCUUUGGCGAGGAUAGAAUCUUGGACGAUGAGGACUGCGAUGAAACUCCAGUUGAAUCGAUGGUAGCUAACUUACGAGAGUUACUCCGUCACGCAAAAUUGGACGAUGUUGCGCCAGGAGAGCUCACCGAGCUCGGCGACAUCAUUGAACCUCUGGAUGAAACACCAAUGCCACAUGAUGAUGUAACGUCGUGGAUCAAUAGUAUCUAUCUGCAGUCCAGGGGCCUUGACCUUGGCACCUUCAAUGCAAACUUAGUUGCUACAGCUUUUGCAGAGCAGUCGUGCAAAUGGGCCAAAAUGACCAAGGUCUAUAUGAGCAGAGUCAUCCUCACCGUUCAUCGCUUCAUCGCCGCUGCACUUCGUUCCGUUUGUCAAGAAGAGCAAGCCCGCUCCCAGCUGUGGUCCGCAAUCCUUGAUAGCCUAGUCGAAUGCUACAGGGUUGCAAUGGUCCAAGCGGAGCUGUUGGUCGAAGUUGAACAGCGUAAACAGCCUUACACCCUCAAUCGCCAAUUUACUCAGGCGCUGACGAAAUCUCGGGGUCAACGAAUCACUGAGCUGCUGCGUCCAAAGGCUAGAAAAGACACCAAGGGGUUCGGGGAAGUCCAGUAUAUGGUUCAUCUGGACGACAUUGCGAAAGCCGCCGAAGGCAAGAGCAACAUGGAACAAUUGCAGGAAGAGAUUCAUGACAUUCUUUGCGCCUAUUACAGGCUAGCGCUUGAUCGGUUCAUCGACAAUAUCUUUCAACUCGCUGUUGAUUACUGCCUGUUGCAUGGCCCUUGCAGCCCUCUAAAGGUUUUCGCUGAGGAGUGGGUAAUCAACCUCGAGCCCGAGCAACUCGAGCGUAUUGUUGGCGAGACCAAAGCUGCAAAGAAGCGUCGCUCAAAGCUUGUAAAAAAGAUCGAAGAUUUGUCCAACGCUUUCAAGAUACUUAAAAGCUAG